AUGUCAGAGAAGUCGGAAACCAAAGCAAACGAAUCGGUGAGAUCGAACUCUGUUUCGAAAGUCGAGACCAAGUCUGGCUGGAAAAACUGGUUUGCUUCCACCAACGAUCACCGCGAGAUCGAUAAGAAGCUUGCAGAUGUGACUCUCGACCUGAUCGACCAAAACGGGGGUAAGGUUGCAGAGCUGACUCCUGAAAAAGAGAAGAAGCUGAAGUGGAAACUGUGGUUGACGAUUUUGCCGUUGGUCUUCGUGGUGAACGCUACUUUGUUCAUUGAUAAAAACGCUAUUAGCUACUCCUCCCUGACUGGAGUUUUUAAAGAUAUGAAACUCACUAAAGAGGACUACAACAACACGCAGACAUUUUUCUAUGUUGGCUACCUAGUUGGACAGUUCCCAUCGCAUUACCUGUUCCAAAAGUUCCCGAUAUCCAAAUAUUUGACCGCAGCUACUGCGUCCUGGACUUUGCUAUCUUUCUGCACCCUUGCUUCCAAAAGCUACGGCGGAUUGUCAGCAUUGAGAUUCUUUUUGGGUUUUGCAGAAUCCGGAAUCACUCCCUGUCUUGAGCACACGAUUACUAUGUUUUUCACCAUUGAAGAGCAAGCCAUUGUCAAUCCAAUUUUCUGGAUCUCGUGUCUGGGAGUUGACGUUCCUACGGGAUUUAUUGCCUAUGGGUUGCAAUACACCUCUAGAUGGAGACCUUGGAAAUGGUACUGGACGUUCGUCGGUAUCAUCUCGGCGAUCGUGUCUACUGUGUGCUUCUUGAUCUAUCCAGACAACCCUGCUUCGUCCAAGCUUUUCUCGGUGGAGGAAAGAGUUCAUAUUAUUGAGCGGGUGAAGAAGUCGUCUAGAUCAUCUAUUGAGCAAAAAGUGUUCAAGAAGUACCAGUUCUUCGAGACAUUGAAAGACCCUGUUAGUUGGUUGUUCUCUUUGGCCAUCUUUUUUAACAUGUUGGAAAAUUCGACCUCGUACCAGUCAUCCAUCAUCUAUACCUCUCUGGGAUUCAACAAUUUCACCACCACUCUACUGAUGGUGAUUCAAAAGGGGUUUGCAACCGUUUGUGCAAUUGCAGGCUCUUUACUGCUCUGGAAGUUUAAGAAACAGUCGACCUUGGUUGCCAUAGUGUUUACGUCAAUUUCCUGGUUAGGCGCAUUGCUGGCAAUGUGCUUCCCAUACUCAAACAAGAUUGGCAUCUUGGCUGGAGUGUUCCUCACAAACGCUGAUGGAACAGCCUACAUUAUCAUCUUCUCACUAUGCACAACCACGGCUGCUGGCUACACCAAAAAGCUCACGAGAACAAUGAUGUUUAUGUUUGCCUAUUCCAUUGCUAACUUUAUUUCUCCACAGCUAUGGCAGCCACAGUACGCCCCAAGAUACUAUGUGUCGUGGGCCAUUAUGCUUGCGCUCUCCUAUACAUCAUGCCCAGUGUGUCUGCUCAUUAUUAGAUUCAUUUUGAUCAGACGCAACAAGGCAAGACUUCAAGCUUUAGCGGAAGAGGAGGACGACGACAGUGAGUAUGGAUAUAUUGACGUGACAGACGAGAACGGAGAGUUGGUUCGCCAAAAGGUCGACGCCUCCAUGUUGGACCUCACAGACUUUGAGAAUAAGAGAUUUAUUUACCCAUUAUAA